AUGUUAUCGUCUGCGCUUCCCCCUCUGCCUACGCUCGCGGGCGUGGUCAGCAUUGCUUUUCUGCUGGUCAAGCACCUUAAACGGGGCAGAUUGUCCCCUCUUCCUCCCGGACCGAAGGGCUGGCCUAUCAUUGGCAACAUCCUUGACUGGCCGAAGACCCAAGAAUGGCUCACAUUCAUGAGAUGGUCACAACAAUAUGAUUCUGACCUUCUCUAUGUCAAUACGAUCGGCACCGACGUCCUCAUCAUCAACUCCAACAAGGUCGCACAAGACCUACUCGAGAAGCAAUCGAGUAUUUUCUCGGAUAGUGUUGGUUUUGGUUGGGACUUCUCCUUCAUGCCGUACGGGCGCCGCUGGCGCGAGCUCCGCAAGGCCUUCGUUCGCAAGUUCCACCCACCCGCACUCUCCCACUACCACCCCACCAUUCUCCAAGGCACGCGCGAGCUCCUCCUCGACUUCCUCAACACGCCAAAUGACUUUAUCAAACAUCUGCGAAACGCCUCCGGCGGCAUCAUCCUCCGCGUCUGCUAUGGCUACAAGGUCACCCCCAAUGACGACCCCUUCGUCGCCCGCGCGCAACGCGCCUUGAACGCCAUGGCCCAAACCGGCAUCCACGGCGCGUACCUCGUCGACUCCUUGCCAAUUCUCAAGGUCUUGCCUGCAUGGGUACCGGGCGCGGGCUUCAAGAAAGAGGCGGCGGAGUGGAAUCCGGAUGCGGCGCUGUUUCAUAAGUUGCCGGUGGAUUGGGUGCAGGAGUGUAUCGAGAAAGGCACCGCAGAGCCGUCUAUCGCGUCCGAGUCCCUCGAGAAGUGCCGCACGCCCGAAGAGCUCGAAGGCCUGCGCGCCAUUCUCGGCGUCGCGUACGAGGCAGGGGCAGAUACGACCGUCUCCGCCCUCUCGACCUUUAUCCUCAUGAUGGCGACCUACCCCGAGGUGCAGCGCAAGGGGCAAGCAGCCGUCGACGCUGCCUUCGGCUUCGGCCACCUGCCUGACUUUACGGACGACGUUGAGAUCCCGUACGUCGACGCGAUCGUGAAAGAGGUCCUAAGGUAUAGACCUGUUGCGCCGCUGGGCCUAUCCCAUCGCCUGAUGGAGGACCACAUUUACGACGGCUACUUCCUGCCGAAGGGCUCCGUAGUCAUAGGCAAUGCUUGGGCCAUGCUCCACGAAGAGUCCGAAUGGGGGGCCGAGCCAGGCGUCUUCCGCCCCGAGCGACAUCUGAAGGGCGGUGUCCUCAACCCGCCGAGCAAAGUUCCUUAUGGGACGUUUGGCUAUGGCCGCCGCACCUGCGCCGGCAUCGAGUUCGCGAUGGACCAGAUGUGGCUCACCGUCACCUCCAUCCUCGCGUGCUUCGACAUCGCGCCGAUCAAGGGCGAGGCGCUGACGGGCGAGUACACGUCGGGCAUGCAGAUCUUUCCUGUUGACUUCAAGUGCAGCAUCAAGCCUCGGUCGGCCGCCAUCGAGCAGCUGCUUCGCGAUGGCGUGGAGGUAGCCUGA